AUGGCAGUGGUUGAGAAUGCAGGGGUGGAGCUGGGGAAGAGCGUUGGUUCGGCUUCGGCGAAUCGGAACCCGGAGGCUGCAUCGCAGGAUGGCGGAGCUGCUGCUGCUGCGGCUGCUGCAUCCAACGAUCAGGAUCAGUCCAAGCACAACGCCGCCCCUUUACGACACCGUCUCGAUCAGAGCCUGUAUGUGAUGGUUACGCCGCCGCCCAACGGCAACGGUAAUAUCAACGGCAUCAGCAGCAACAACAACGGCAGCAACCAGAAGGUGGGUCAGCUGGGGACCUUCGAUCACGUGGCGAAGAUCGGGGGGCAGCAGGUGAAUCAUCAUCAUCAGCAGCAGCGAUCCAACGGCGGGGAUUUUCAGAUGAGUAAUGGGGAUCAUCACGACGUGGACAGGGACAUGAGGGAGCUGAGGGAGCUGUUCUCUAAGCUCAACCCCAUGGCUGAGGAGUUUGUGCCUCCUUCACUUGCUAACGGUCAUGGACUUAAUGCUGGCUUUGUUAACAUGGCACUAAUGAUGCAAAAUGGCAACAGAAAUGGACAAGUUAAUGGCUUUGGUGCUGGUCGACGGAGAAACAAUCAAGGGAAACGGAGAAUCAACAGCAGGACAAGUCUAGCGCAGCGAGAAGAUAGAAUUCGAAGGACUGUGUAUGUGUCUGACAUUGAUCAACAGGUCACUGAGGAACAGCUUGCAGCUCUCUUUGUUACUUGUGGGCAGGUUGUUGACUGCCGAAUUUGCGGUGACCCUAAUUCUGUUCUCCGUUUUGCCUUUAUAGAGUUCACUGACGAAGAUGGUGCACGAGCGGCUUUGAGUCUGGCUGGGACAAUGCUUGGAUUCUACCCUGUUAGGGUGUUGCCCUCUAAGACAGCUAUUGCACCUGUUAACCCUACAUUCUUGCCUCGGACUGAAGAUGAACGUGAGAUGUGUGCACGAACUAUCUAUUGUACAAAUAUUGACAAAAAGGUUGCCCAAGCUGAUGUCAAACUCUUUUUUGAAUCUGUCUGUGGAGAGGUUUAUCGUCUGAGGCUACUAGGGGACUAUCACCACUCUACUCGCAUUGCCUUUGUUGAGUUUGUGAUGGCUGAAAGUGCAAUUGCUGCUCUCAACUGUAGUGGUGUGGUUUUGGGAUCAUUGCCAAUCAGGGUAAGUCCAUCAAAGACACCUGUUCGUCCACGCUCUCCUCGCCUUCCCAUACAUUGA